CUGAGAGGUACGUCACGUUCCACGCGCAGGGAAAGCUGCUGGUUUGCGCUCUCGCUUCUGACAAACUCGUGGAAAACUGUGGUUCUUCGUGACAGUCAAGUUGCGCGGCGGUGUCUAUAUGUUUUGCUCAGCGUUUUAAAUCAAGGUUUUGACUGUUAGUUAUAUUUAUUUCCCUUUCGAAAAUGGGGUUUCACUUAUGAGGAUAUAGAGACAUUACAUGAUUUAUGACCCACAGUCUACUCAUCGAAAUGGGAGCCAGUGAAAUGAAGGGCACAUGAACGCCAGCGCCUCAGAUACACUGCUCGUGAUGGAGGGAGUCGACAUCAAUGAGAGCAGCAGUAGCGGUCAGAGGUUUGACGAGCGCGUCGCUCUCAUCGUCUUCUUGUCUCUGGUCAUGCUCAUGAGUGUGCUGGGCAACCUGCUGGUCAUGGUGGCUGUGUGCAAGGACCGCCAGCUAAGGAAAAUAAAGACCAACUACUUUAUUGUGUCGCUGGCCUUUGCGGACCUGCUGGUGUCGGUUCUGGUGAUGCCGUUUGGGGCCAUCGAGCUGAUCCGGCAGGACUGGAUCUUCGGCGAGACCUUCUGCCUGGUGCGGACCUCGCUGGACGUUCUGCUGACCACAGCCUCCAUCUUGCACCUCUGUUGCAUCUCCCUGGACAGGUACUAUGCUAUCUGCUGCCAGCCACUGGUCUACAGGAACAAGAUGACGCCCUUGCGUGUGGCACUGAUGAUCGGGGGAUGCUGGGUAAUCCCCACCGUCAUCUCUUUCCUACCCAUAAUGCAAGGCUGGAACAGCAUCGGAAUACAUGAUCUGAUUGAGGAGCGGCAAAACAUGGGCAACAACAGCACGGCCUGCGUGUUCAUGGUGAAUAAGCCGUACGCGCUAACCUGCUCGGUGGUGGCCUUCUACAUCCCGCUGGGCCUCAUGGUGCUGGCCUACCAGCGCAUCUAUGUGACGGCGCGCGAGCACGCGCGGCAGAUCGGCGCCCUCCAAAGGGCCGGAGGCGCCGCCUCGUCCUCUGGCUCAGGUGGGCCGCACGACAGUGCCGUCCACCAGCGCAACCACCGCAUGCGCACGGAGACCAAGGCGGCCAAGACUCUCUGCAUCAUUAUGGGAUGCUUCUGCCUGUGCUGGGCGCCGUUCUUCAUCACGAAUGUGGUGGACCCGUUCAUCGACUACACGGUGCCUGAGAAGCUGUGGUCGGCCUGCCUGUGGCUGGGCUACAUCAACUCCAUGCUCAACCCCAUCCUGUACGCCUUCCUCAACAAGUCCUUCCGUCGUGCCUUCCUCAUCAUCCUGUGCUGCGGCCAGAAGCGCUACCGCAGACCCUCGCUACUUGGACCCCGCACUCCCUGCACCACCACGCAGAUCAACGGGUCCACGCACAUGCUCAAGUAUGCAGUUCUCACCAACGGAAACCACGUGGAGCAGGAGAAGGUGUCGCUACAGCAUGACACAGAGUCACAGGAGUCCUGUUUCUGACACACACACACACACACACACACACACACACACACACCACACACACACUCACAUACCCCACACACCACAUACCACACACACACACACUUUCACAGACUGAACAGAACAGAGCAGCACUCCAGAUGCUCCUCCACUCCUCCUCAGUGGAUGGCUCCACCCUCUCUCCCUCCGCCUGCUCCAGAGGAGGACUCCGGAAUGUUCAGAAAACUGUCUUGAGACGGAGUUCUUAUGGUUGUCAGACCGAAACACUGACUCUGAAACGAUGACAUGCAGUAUAUUGCCAAAGGUAUUUCAUAUGAAUUUUGAGAUUAAGAAAAUAAUAAAUGAUUUUGUUUUCCUAUGUAUAUAGAAAGAGGUAAAGUAAUGUAAAAAAAUUCCACUGUUUUUUUUUUGUUUGUUUGUUUGUUUGUUUUUGGAGAUUUUACACCACCAAAACAGAACUCAAAACCCAGUGUCAUGAAUCAGAGAGGUCCAUGUACAUUGAUAUAGUAGUCACUUUCUCUACACUCUUACAUGACAAGUGAGAUGAACUCUGAACCCUGGAGGAUUGUCAGACUCGACCUACACCAUUCUGUUUUUCCUCACUGUCGCCAUUCAUUACUGAACUGAGAGAUGGAGAGAGAGAGCGCGGGGGAAUCAGACAGAGAGGUGGAGAGAGAGAAUCAUCACUUUGAUUGACUCUUUUCAUCUUUUCUUUUGUGGGAGUUCUCUGCUACAGUGCAUUCAGACAGUUUUCAGACCCUUUGAAAUGUUACACAUUUUGUUGUUUCUGACUGAAAUGAAUUGAAUAGCUCAAAAUGAAUUCAAUAGUUUCUCAUCAAACUACACUCAAUGACAGAAUUACAAAAGGGUUUUUGGAGCAUUGUGUGAGGUGAUCCUAUUUACAUAAGUAUUCCGACACUUAGUUAUGACACUUGUAAUUGAGCGCUGAUGCCUGCCUCCUCUGCAAACAACUGGAGUUACAUCCAUUUCUUUUAAUAAUUUUGACUAUUUGUGUAAGAAAAUCCUUCAAAUGUACAUAAAAUCGUCUAAUGCAAAUAAAGGUUUGAUUUGCUAGAGGGGGUGGAUAAACUCCAAAUUUGGUAGGUGUAGGCUAACUAAUGACUGGCUCACAAAGUGUUGUACACAUACAUGUGUUUAAAGGAUACAGGAGUCAAAUGGAAAUACAGCUAGUGGUCCUUGAGAUGCUUCUACAAUUUAAUUGGACUCCACCUGUGCAUAAUCAAAUUCAUUGGACAUAAUUAGGAAAGGCACACACCUGUCUUGGCUUAUGUAAGGUCUCACGGUUGAUGGUGUGUGUCUGAAAUGAAUAUUGAACUGUUUGGCCGCAGUUCCCAAUGCUGUGUGCGGAGGAAACCAAGCCCUGAGCAUCACCUCUUUAAGAUCAGUCUCAACCAUAGGAUGUUGAUGACUUGAGAGGUCCUGAAAAUACUCUGAAUGCACUGUUUGUAGUGGCGGUGUUGCCCUGGUAUGUGUGCUGUUGCCCCGGUGUGUGUGUGUGCUGUUGCCCUGGUGUGUGUGUGUGACACAGCAGAGCAAAGCACAAUUCAAGAGAAAGAGUUUGAGAGUGAGAAAGAGUAUUAGGGAAAGAGCUCACCCAUUACCCUGUGUGUUUGUGUGUGUGUGUGUGUGUGUGUGUGUGUGUGUGUGUGUGUGUGUGUGUUUCCUGGGAGAUUGAUUGAGAAUAUCCAAUUGAUUUUUUUUUUAUUCAUGGUCACAGGGACCGGUUGUUGUUAUGUGGUUGUUUUGGUUUUUAAUUAACUGUGACAAACUGCAUUUAUAUUCAGACAAGAUGCUGUUAAGAGGAACUGACACCAGAGCAACAUUAAACAACAGGAGCCCAAGGCAAGACUGUGCCUAAUAAAGAAAAAUCCUUCCAGGUAUCCUAGAAGUACUUCAUUAGAGUAAAGGAAAUCCCAGCUUGUCUGUGCUGUAGCAAAUAUGACCAUUUCACGCUCAAUUUCACCAAAAGCUCGUCUCCAUUAUUCAGAUGAUUUAGGAAGUAGUUUAAUUCAGCUGCACACAGUCCUUCAGCAUCAGUCUGUGAUGAUUUGAAUAAUUCUAGAAACAUCCAAUCCCUAGAAAAGAUGUAUGAGUCCACGGUACUAACAACAGAAUAAAGCAUUUUUUUUUCUUUCUUUCUUUCUUUCUUUCUUUUUUUCUUUCCUUCGUUCCACUCGGCCAUCUUUCGCUCUCUGGCAUCCCAGGUCAGUACUGUGAGUGAGGGAGCCCCAGCAGUUAAGGCACAGAGAGAUUAGUUUUAUAAUUAUUUUCAUUAAAUGCAGAGCUACUAACUCAAGAGUGUUGCUCAGUGGUUGGUGCUUGUGUAGCCACCAACACAGGGUGAAACAAAAAUAUUUACAUGACAAAUGAUCUGUGAUUCAGUGUGUUUGUAAAGACCACAUCUCAGGUGGUCGACACAUCUGUCUGUCUCUUUCUCUCUCUCUCUCUCUCUCUCUCUCUUUCUCGCUCUCUGUCUCUUGCUGCAUGUAUCUGCCUGAGUUUUACACACACACACACACACACACACACAGUUCUCUCUCUUCCUGUUUCACUGUCUGCCUUUUUGCCUCUCUCGUGGCAUCUCCAAUCUCCAGAAUUUAAUUUGUUUCUCCGAAUUUCUUAACACCCAUCUCUUCGAACCUCACGGCCGACACGUACCAGGAUGCUCCUCUGUGGACCAUGCUUUGCCCAUUUCCUGAGAGCAGAUAUACAGGACUUCCCAAACCAGGAGUGUUGCUGAAUCGCGAUAAGACGCAAGACUUAUAAGACUAUUUCUCAGAGUUGCGAUCCAGCCAAAGUUGCAGUUACCCUGAAAACGAAUAACAUGCUCCCACAAGAUGAGAUUGCAGCAGGGAGCAUGAAACUGUUGUUGGUUAUUUUUGUACACUGCAUUAGUGAAUUCCUAGCUUUGAGAAAGCACGUCUCUUGUUUGUGUGAGAGCUCCCGAGGCUAAAUUAGAUGUCUCCAGGGAGAGAUUAACAAGACUAAAACAGCCAGGGUGGGUAGUCAUCUUGCCAGAGAGAAAGAACAAAAAUGAUUCAAAACCCCUCCAGAAGAUUGCCAGUGUCAGAGAGGCGUUAGUAACUCUAAGCUCCCAGGUUUGUUUUCGUUAUGCUGGAGGGACAUUGGGUUGCCGAUGUGCUCAGUAUUUUAUGGAGCGAUGAUCUCCAUUCCACUCCACAGGCACUGUCAGCACUUUGAUGAGUUAGAGAUGACAUGUUCCUAGAUGAUUGUGUUUUAGCCCUGGAUACUAUCAAGGACUAAAGUUAUGUUUAGAGUUAUUAUUACAAAUAUUAUUAAAAUAAAUAAAGGAAUUAAUUAUU